AUGCUGCUGCUGCUGCUGCUGCCGGGCCUACUGAGCCCGGCGGCCUGCGGGGCCCCGGGCCCGGCCUCGCGGUCCGCGGAGCUGCGCUCGGCCUUCUCGGCGGCGCGCACCACCCCGCUGGAGGGCACGUCGGAGAUGGCGGUGACCUUCGACAAGGUGUACGUGAACGUCGGGGGCGACUUCGACCCGGCCACCGGCCAGUUCCGCUGCCGCGUGCCGGGCGCCUACUUCUUCUCCUUCACGGCGGGCAAGGCGCCGCACAAGAGCCUGUCCGUGAUGCUAGUGCGCAACCGCGACGAGGUGCAGGCGCUGGCCUUCGACGAGCAGCGGCGGCCGGGCGCGCGCCGCGCCGCCAGCCAGAGCGCCAUGCUGCAGCUCGACUACGGCGACGCGGUGUGGCUGCGGCUGCACGGCGCCCCGCGGUACGCGCUGGGCGCGCCCGGCGCCACCUUCAGCGGCUACCUGGUGUACGCCGACGCCGACGCGCCCGCGCGCGGGGGGCCGCCCGCGUCCGCGGAGCCGCGCUCAGCCUUCUCGGCGGCGCGCACGCGCAGCCUGCUGGGCUCGGACGCGGGCCCCGGGCCGCGCCACCGGCCGCUGGCCUUCGACACCGAGCUGGUCAACAUCGGCGGCGACUUCGACGCGGCGGCCGGCGUGUUCCGCUGCCGCCUGCCCGGCGCCUACUUCUUCUCCUUCACGCUGGGCAAGCUGCCGCGCAAGACGCUGUCGGUGAAGCUGAUGAAGAACCGCGACGAGGUGCAGGCCAUGAUCUACGACGACGGCGCGUCGCGGCGCCGCGAGAUGCAGAGCCAGAGCGUGAUGCUGGCGCUGCGGCGCGGCGACGCCGUCUGGCUGCUCAGCCACGACCGCGACGGCUACGGCGCCUACAGCAACCACGGCAAGUACAUCACCUUCUCCGGCUUCCUGGUGUAUCCCGACCUCCCGCCCGCUGGCCCGCCGGGCCUUGGGCCGCCCGAGCUCUGA